AUGCUUGUCAGCCCGGCAGCAAAAGAUUCUCCGACAGUCAAUUUUCUUCGUAAAGCAGAGAUUGGAAUCACUGUGACCUUCCUCACAUGAAUUAUUUAUACUAUUUUUUCUGAAGCUUGAAUUCUCUCUUCAAGGGUAGCAGCUUCUACAACCAUUGAUGGCUUAGAAAAAAGCUCAAUUUCUAGCAGUGGUUACGUAGAUUUAAACGAUGGCCAACUUGCCACAUUUCUAAGUAAUCUUCCAGCUCUUCUAGUUUUUGCCACCUUAUUUGUAUCCGGACGCAAAUUACUUAUAAGUCAAAAACUUGAAUUGAAGCAUCAAUUAAUUUACUAUUUAUUUAUAGGGAUAGGAAUGAAUAUAUAUUUGCAUGGCCCAGGAUUUUUAUUUUUACUGUUUGAGCUCUUAUUUAAUUAUCUUUUAGCUUACAAAUAUGCAGGAAAACGAGGGUUUCCUCUAUUAGCUUGGGCUUUUAACUUCACAUAUUUAAUUUUAGCAGAAUAUUAUCAUGGGUUCCAAUUCUCAUGGUUUGCUCCAUCAUUAAAGUUUCUAGAUGAUUUACCUGUGGAAAUGAAUUGGUCUGGAGUCAAUAAAAUGUGCAUGCUUAAAGCCUUAAGUUUUGUUCUUGAUUAUCAUUGGGCACUCUCCAAAGAUGAUUAUAUGCCUUUAAAUAAGCAUAAGCUUGACUGUAAUGAAUGCAAUGAGAUAAAUGUAUGCUUCACCUAUAGAAUGAGAGCACACGCAAGUCAUUAUUCUUUAUUAGCAUAUGCUGCUUAUUUCUUUUAUCCACCUCUGUAUUUUGCUGGACCAACUGUGUGCUAUAAUGCUUGGAUAUCUCAAGUGCAGAGUCCACAAAGGAGCUAUGAUAUGCUGCAUUGGAUUAAAUUAGAAAUCAUAGGGUCUAAGACUGAUGCCAUUAUUAAUAAAAAUCAAAAAUUUGUUAAAAAAUAUUUGGAGUGAGAAUAAGUUAUUAUAAAGUACAAAAAAAUUAAUUAUUUAUGGAUUGAGAAUCGUUGUUGUAUUUAUAAUACUUGAAUUAUUUAUUCAUAAUUUAUAUUUUCCAGCCAUAGCUGGAAAUGAUAAAAACACGUGAAUUUGGGAAUCAUUUACGCCAUUUGAGCUUGUUAUUGCAAGCUAUGUUAUAUUGAAAUGGAUUUGGCUAAAAUUUACAUUGAUUUGGAGAUUUUUCAGGAUGUGGGCACUUUGUGAUGGCAUAGAGACCCCAGAGAAUAUGGGAAGAUGCAUGUCAAAUAAUUAUUGCUUUGAAGGCUUUUGAAGAAUGUGGCAUAGGGCUUUUAAUCAAUGACUGAUUAGGUAUUUAUUUGUGCCACUCGGAGGAAGCAAAUAUAAAAUCUUCAACAUUUGGAUAGUCUUUGGUUUUGUAGCUCUCUGGCAUGAUUUAAAUUUAAAUUUAUUAGUAUGGGGCUGGGGAAUGUGCUUGUUCAUAAUGCCAGAAGUGUUGGUAAAGAGCUAUUUUCAAAGAAGCAAAUUUUUGAACUUCAGGAAAACUCUGAAGUAUAGCUGACUGUGUGCAUUUGGAGGUGGAAUAUAUAUAAUUUUGAUGAUGGCUGCUAACUUAGUAGGAUUUUCUUUUGGAGUUCGUGGAUUGAUAAUUGUCUUACUCCCCCCCCCUCCGUGAGUGAACAAAACCAUUAGAAAAAUCCCUAUUUUUUGCCCAAAAACCCACCCUCCGUGAGUGAACAAAAAUUUUUUAAUAGAAAAAUUUUUUAUGGAAAAAAAAAAUUGAUAUAUAAAUGAUAAUUAUUAUAAUGAAAUCUAGAGCUAAUUCUGUUUAUUUUUAAACGAAUUGCUUUUUAAAACAUAAAUUUUGCAAAUUGAAUUAAAUAUUUGCUUUCCAAUUUUUGCGAAUUAGGAUUUUUUUUAAAUUUCGAAAAAAAUAUUUUUUAUAAAAUUAUAUAUAAAUUUUUUAAAAAAAAAAAUUAACCCCCCUCCGUGAGUGAACAAAAUUUUUUUGUUCACUCACGGAGGGGGGGGGGAGUUAGAAGAAAUUUUCACAUUAUCUGGAAGUAUUUUAGGCAAAAUAUAAUAAAAAUUAUUUUUAUAUUUUUUUAAAAAUAAUUAUAAUUAAUAUUAAAUUUACUCUGCAUUGAAUAUUAUUUCUAAAAAAUUUAAGACACAGUAUUUUGCUAUUCAAAGUGAUCUUGACUGCCACAAUGGCAACGCAUUUUAUGCUUAUAGUCAGGCAUCAAGAAACAAGAUGUGAAAUAAAAAAUAAAGGAUUUUAAAUUUAUUAAGUUAAGUUAAAAGUUAUGCUGGCCAUAAUCAGGUAAACCUGCCAAUAUUGGCUCCAAAAGGUUAAGGAUUUACAACCUUAGCCACUGUCUAUAGGAUCAGCUCCCAAAGCAGAGCCACCUCUGCAGAGUGCCCAAUUGUCCCGAUGAGCGAAGUCAUGUGGCAGGCAAAUCUUUCUAGCAAUCUUAGGGACUAAUUUCUGUUAACUUCAUCAUUUUAUUUAUUAAAUUUAA